AUUUGAUACUUGCAAAAAAGAAUGUCACAUAUAGUUCCAAGAUUAGUGGAACAUUAGAGUAACUUUGUCACAUAAGAAAUACGAUGAAAAAUGGAAGACGAAUAAACAAGACGUUAAUCUCAUGCUUAACACAGUUGUUUUCAAUCAAAAGAAUCGCCUUACUCGUUUCGGAUAAGUUGCCUUCAUGCUAGGCGCCACCGCGUCACCUCAUCUGUCCCCGCCAUUUUUGAACUCAAAUCCUUACAGUUUCCAAGAUCGAAAGCAGCUUCUCAUCAAAUUACAGAAAUCCAAAAGCAUAAAACAGGCAGCUCCAAUUCACGCUCAUAUAAUCAAGAAUGGCAAUCAAAAUGACCCCUUUAUUUUAUUCGAGCUUCUUCGAGUAUGUUCUCGAAGCUGCUCUAUCGAAUACGCUUCCAAGAUCUUUCGAAAUACCUCAAACCCGAAUGUUUUUCUCUAUACUGCUUUUAUUGACGUGUUUAUCUCUUCGGGUGCUUAUGGUGAUGGAAUUAGAACUUAUUUUCAAAUGGUUAGAGAUUUCAUUUUACCUGAUAAUUAUAUUAUCCCUUUGGUCCUGAAAGCAUGUGGGUCUGCUCUCGAUUUGAACAGUGGUGAACAAAUCCAUUGCCAGGCCAUGAAAUUGGGAUUGUGUUCGGACAGAUUCGUGAGGUUAAAGCUAGUGGAGCUUUAUGGAAAAUGCGGAGAGUUUAGUGAAGCAAAGACGGUGUUUGAUGAAAUGCCUCAAAGAGAUGUUGUUGGCUCCACUGUUAUGAUAUCAUGUUAUCUUGAUCAUGGAUUAUUGCAUGAGGCGAUGGAUGAAUUUCGGCUGGUUUCUACCAAGGAUAAUGUUUGCUGGACAGCUAUGAUUGAUGGGUUAGCUAGAAAUGGUGAAAUGAAUAUGGCAUUGGAGUUAUUCAGAGAAAUGCAGAGGGAAGGUGUGAAGCCUAAUGAAGUCACAAUUGUUUGCGUUCUAUCGGCUUGUGCGCACUUGGGAGCACUAGAACUUGGUAAAUGGGUUCAUUCGUAUGUGGAUAAGUACAACAUUGAAGUUAAUCAUAUAGUUGGUUCAGCUUUGGUGAACAUGUAUUCGAGGUGUGGAGAUAUUGAUGAGGCAGCUAGCCUUUUUGAAGGCUUGGAAGCUAGAGAUGUGACCACUUAUAAUUCUAUGAUUGUGGGAUAUGCAUUGAAUGGUAAGAGUAUAGAGGCUAUCAAAAUGUUCCGAAGAAUGAUACAUGAAGGAAUUAAACCAACAAGUAUAACAUUUUCUGCUGUUUUGAAUGCAUGCAGUCAUGGUGGGUUAGUGGACAUUGGAUUUGACAUCUUUGAAAGUAUGGAAACUGAAUAUGGGAUUGAACGACGAAUUGAACAUUAUGGGUGUAUGGUUGAUCUUCUUGGUCGUGUAGGACGUCUUCAGGAGGCUUAUGAUUUUAUACAAAGAGCCAAUAUUGCUCCAGACAAUAUAAUUUGGGGAUCGCUGUUAAGUGCUUGUAGAAUUCAUAAAAAAUUUGAACUAGGAGAAAGGGUUGCAAAAAUUCUACUGCAGUAUGGUGCUGCCGAUUCUGGAACAUAUAUUCUUCUGUCUAAUGUCUAUGCAUCACUGGGUAAAUUUAAGGAAGCAGCACAAGUGAGAGCAAAGUUGAGAGAAGAAGGCGUCCAAAAGGAACCAGGUUGUAGUUCAAUUGAAGUGAAAAAUGAGAUCCAUGAGUUCCUUUUGGGAGACAUUAGACACCCCGAAAGGGAAGCAAUAUACGAUAAACUGAAGGAGCUGAACGAUAUGCUGAAAUCAGAAGAUUAUGCUCCAGAAACCGAUGUCAUCUCACAAGAUAUUGAAGAACAUGAGAAAAAGUGGGCCUUGAGCAUACACAGCGAAAGGCUUGCGAUAUGCUAUGGUUUGAUAUCUACCAAACCAUGUACCACUAUAAGAGUUGUUAAAAAUCUUAGAGUUUGCAAUGACUGCCAUUCAGUUAUUAAGCUUAUAUCUAAGAUUACACAGAGGAGAAUUGUUGUAAGAGAUCGGAAUAGGUUUCACCAUUUUGAAAAUGGUGUUUGUUCUUGUGGUGACUACUGGUAAACAUAACAUAUUUUUUUCUCUACGUUCUUGA